AUGAAUAAAUUAACUCUUACAUUUAGAUGUGAAAAAUUGGAAUAAAAGUAUUAAGAUUCUCGUUAUCUGUAUACACUUCCUACAUGUAGAUCUUUGAAUCUAACCAGUUUCUUGCUUUGCUUAUUUCGAAGUAUAACAUUUAUUUUUCAGAAUCAGAUGGUAGGAUUUUUUGUAUUUCUCUUUCUCACAAUAGUUGUUUUAUUGGCUCAAUUUUUCAUUUUUAAUAACAAAAGAAAAUGGGUAGAUUAUUAUUUGCUGUUUAUAAAUCAUUUUUUGAUGUUACAGUAAUAAUAUGUUGAGGAUGGAUUUGAACCACAAGAAGCAUUUGUAUUUGGAUAGAAUUAAAUGUUAUUAAAUAUAAUGAUAAUUCUGGUUUCUGAUUUCAAAUUUGGGUUAAUUUAGAUAUUAGGAAAUAUUGUAAUUAAAAUUUUAGUAUCAAAAUAUUAUCAGCCAUCAUUAUCCUAUUAAACUAUACUGUAUUCUGUUAUAAUUGGAUUAAUGUUUCUCUAUGUUAUUUUAAAGAUAAAUUAAUAGUCUAGAUAAUCCUUUUUAUUUACUACACAAGAUAGCCAAUAAGGUAUGAAUAAACAUAAUUUAAAUUUUAGAAUAAUUGAUACCUUUACUUACUGAUAGUCCUUUUGUGCUAUGUACUUAUGAUAAAGAAAACAUGUAGUUUUAAUAAAAGUUCAGUAAUCUCUCAAUUCAUUCAGAAUUUAAAUAAUUUUAAACCAAUUAUGAAGCUCUUAAAUUCAUUCUUCGAAAUUACUUUGUGCACGGAUAAUCUUUGGAGACAUUUUUGUUAAGCAGAAAAAAAAAAUAAGAUGAUUUAAUUGUUAAUAAAAUUUUAGAUCUAAAAUCAAUCAAUAACAAUCAUGUUUAAAAAAUUCUUAUUCGUUAUUCCGAAUGUUAUAUUACAGAACUAAUACACAUCUUGAUUAUUGAUAAAAAGAGACAAGAGAUUCAAAAUUUAUAAUAAAAACUAGUUAAUUAUGAAAAUGGAUUAAAUAAGUUUAAAAUCAAUUUUAGAAGUUUCAUAAAGAAAUAGAUUUUAAUUUUAGAUAAAACAUUAAAUCAAGAUAAAAAUUCUAUCUAUCAAGCCAUAAUUAAGUUGAAAUACGUUUUUUCAAAAUUUAAUUAUAAAAAGUCAUUCAAAAUCACAAAUCAACCAUUUCUAUUAACUUUUAAAAAAUAUGCAAAAUUAUAUUCCUAGGCCUAUGAUUAAAAAAUAAUUAAGUUUGAAAUUUGGUCUGAAAUUAAAGAUAUACUCACAAUUGAGAAUUCUUUGGAUAAUUUUAUGAUAAAUUUCUUUACUCAUCUCUGUAAGACCAAAGCCGAAAUAAUAUAAAUAUUUCUUUGUAUAUCCUUUGUUUAAUAAAAUGAAUUUAUUGACAUUAUUAUUAAAGUAGAUGUUAUGUCAGAAUUGUAUAUUUUAUUGUAAAAGAGUACACAUUUCAGAAGAAUUUUAAAGACUAUAAGUCCACAUGAUUAUGUGAUAUUAAACAAUGACAGUAAUUUUAUUAAAAGAUUUUUAGGUUUGAUAGUACGUCUCUAUAAAAAUAUGAAUGAGAUUAAUUAAUUGAAUUCAUUUAUUUUAAAGGCAAACGAGUUAAAAUAAAAAAAUUGA